UUCCUAUUGGUUCUGCGCCUCUCGCCCAAUCAGCGGCGGCGGUAGUGAGAGGUUCCGGCCUGUGGAGAGCUGAGGAGCUGCCAUCAUGCUCCGCCGCCAGGCCCGGGAACGCCGCGAGUACCUGCAGCGCCGGGCGCAGGAGGAACGGCUGAAGCGGCAGCAGGACAAGAAGGAGCGGCUGCGGCAGGCGCUGGAUGAGAACCGCCUGCUGCCCACGGAGCUGCGGCGCGAGGCCCUGGCCCUGCAGAAGGAGCUGGAGUUCGACACGCCGGGGGUGGGGGACAGCUCCGGUAGCCAUGACGAUGAGUACCGGUGGGCGGGGCUGGAGCCCCCCAAGGUGAUGGUCACCACCUCCCGCGAACCCAGCGCCCGCCUCCGGGUCUUUGCCAAGGAGGUGUGCCUGCUCAUCCCGGGGGCGCGGCGCAUGAACCGGGGCCGGGCGGAACUGGGGGCGCUGGUGGGGGCGUGCCGGGCCGCCGGAGUCACCGACCUGCUGGUGCUGCACGAGACACGGGGCAGGCCCGACGGGCUGUCCCUGUGCCACCUGCCCCACGGCCCCAGCGCCCACUUCACCCUGAGUGGGGCCGUGCUGCGGCAGGAGGUGGGGGGGCUGGGGGGGGCCCCCCUGGGGGCUCCUCAUCUGCUGCUGCUGCGCCUCGACUCCCCCCUGGGCCGGCGGGUCGGCACCAUCCUGAAGCACCUUUUCCCCGUCCCCCGCCCCGACAGCCGCCGGGUGGUGACGUUCGCCAACGAGGACGACGUCAUCUUAGUCCGCAACCACGUUUACCGGCGCCGGGGGAGGACGGUGGAGCUGGAAGAGGUGGGACCCCGGUUCCAGCUGCGCCCCUACCUGAUCCGCCUGGGCACCCUGGAGCAGGGGGACGCGGCCGACGUGGAAUGGCGCUGGCACCCCUACACCGCCACCGCCCCCAAACGCCGCCUGCUCAGCGCCGCCUGAUGCCCCUCCCCCUGCCUGCCCCCCCCCAAAAAAAAACCCCCCCCACCCCCAAAAAUUCCCUUAAUAAAAAUUUUUUUAUUAUU